UAUAUUUAUAGUCUAUGAAACAAAGACCCCCUAUUCUCCUCACGGCACUACAUCACUUCUACCUCUAUUUUUGUCUAUAGCUAAGAUGGCAGGUGAUGAAAGUGACAGUGAACUCAAGCCAUCAAGUGUCGCAAUCAUUAGAGAAGUGUAUGACAGUGAAAAUGCUCAUAUCAAAUUUGAAAUGGAAUUGGAAAGAGCACUUGAGGCCGGCGUGAGUGUAAUUGUAAUAGAACCAGAGCCCCUUGGUGAAGAAACGGCUCGUUGGAUUUACGUUGGAAACCUCUUACAUAAAGUAUCUGUAUACAGUGGUCUCUGUAGCAUUGCUUCAGGGCUUGCCUGGAGUUCACUAGCAUGUGCUCCUUUUGGGAUAGUGUCAGUCCUGUGCGCUGGUUGUUACACAUUAUCAUGGCAGUGGGAUCCUUGUUGUAAAUAUCAAGAAGAAAAGAACCGCCAUCAACUCUCAAGGCUACCAUUAUUGAGUGAUCUCACAUCAUCACCUGUUGUACUAGUACACACAGAUAACAAAAGAAAAAUAAUUUUACAUAACACAGUGUCUUUAGCUGCUGCAGCCAUCUGUCUAUGGAGACUAUAUAAUACAUUUAAAUAGGUCUCGUAGCUUAUAAUUGUGUUUGGUAAGCUGAUAGUAAAAAUUCAGAUUGAUUGUAGGUAAUGUAAAAGAAAUAAUUCAUUGUUAUUUCUGUUUGUAACUAAACUGCUGUAAUUAGGUUGUAGGGAGCUGUAUAUGUGAAAAUAUAAUUAACUGUGUAGAAUUAGAAGAACAAGCCUGUACAAAGAAUAUUUCCUUAUAAAUAAUAUUUUUUUAGUUAUGGACUAAAGUAGGUUGUUAUCGUUAUGUUGAAAAUAUGCAAACAGUGAUAUAUGUCAGCACUGUUACAUACUGUGCAAUAAAAUAUUUAUAAAAACA